AACUUCUGCAAACUCACUUCAAAGUUUCCCAACACUAACGGUGGCGUUCCCUUUCAAAUUUUUGUUGGCUUGUUUGUUUACAUGGCUUUGGUUGAUUAAUAAUAACAAUAAAUAGCAAGUGGCUCACUCAGUCUGUGAAACAAAGCAAACUAUGUUGUCCAAUCGGGCCUUUGGAGAAACAAUUGAGGACUAUGAAGUACAGCACUUGUUGGGCAAGGGCGGUUUUGCGAGUGUCUACAAGGCGAGAUGCCUGCACACUCACCAAGAUGUGGCCAUUAAGAUGAUCGAUAAGAAACUGAUCCAAGGCACUGGGCUCACCAACCGCGUUCGACAGGAAGUGGAAAUCCACUCCCGCCUGAAGCACCCCUCUGUUCUCCAGCUGUACACCUUCUUCCAGGAUGUCAACUAUGUGUACUUGGUGCUGGAGCUGGCCCACAAUGGGGAGCUUCAUCGCUACAUGAACCAAAUUGCUAGACCCUUCACAGAGGCGGAAGCUGCCUCCAUAUUAAAGCAGGUGGUGGCGGGUCUACUGUACCUGCACUCGCACAACAUCAUGCACCGCGAUAUCUCGCUUUCCAACCUGCUGCUAAGCAAGGAGAUGCACGUGAAGAUUGCUGACUUCGGAUUGGCCACCCAACUGAAGCGACCGGAUGAGCGGCAUAUGACAAUGUGUGGAACUCCCAACUAUAUAUCUCCGGAAGUGAUUUCCCGGGUGUCCCACGGCUUGCCAGCGGACGUCUGGAGUGUUGGGUGCAUGCUGUACACGCUGCUGGUUGGACGACCGCCCUUUGAGACCGACGCCGUGCAGUCAACGCUUAACAAAGUGGUCAUGUCCGAGUACCUAAUGCCGGCUCAUUUGUCCUAUGAGGCGCAGGACCUGAUAAACAAGUUGCUGAAGAAACUUCCACACGAACGCAUUACCCUCGAGGCGGUGCUCUGUCAUCCUUUUAUGCUGAAAAGAUUGGAUAGUAGCACAAGCGGUGGCCACUCGACGCCGGGAGUGUUCAGCCAGAGCCUGGAAAGCGGUGACAGUGGAAUCAUAACGUUUGCCAGCAGUGAUUCAAGGAACUCCCAGCGAAUUCGUUCUGUGGACAACUCGGGGCCACAACAAGUGCUUCCCCAAAUACAGGAGGAGUUCAUGCAGGAUCACCAUCGACGAACUUACGAGCAGCCUGGUUUAUUUCGGCAAGCAUCAACUGGAGUGGCAGAGCAAAAUUGGCCAAGAACUGCUCAGGUUCCAGCUUUUCGCAUGGAUAUGGAUAUGGUACAAACUUCCAGACCAGCGCCUCUUAAGGAAGAGCGCAUUUCGGUGUCACCAUUGAACACCAAAAGACUGCUACCGACGCGUUAUAAGACGAAGAAUGCUAUAAUGAGUAUUUUGCGCAAUGGUGAGGUUGUCCUGGAAUUUCUAAAAUUUCGGCCAAAAUUAAAUGAAGAUCGCGUCACUGAUAUUUGCCGCAUAUCGGACGACGGACAGCGUAUCAUAAUUUACCAGCCAGAUCCUGGGCGUGGCCUACCAAUAAGAGAGCAGCCACCAGAUUUUCAAAUACCAAGCGGCGACUGUGUUUAUAAUUACGAAACUUUGCCCAGUAAACACUGGAAAAAAUAUGUGUACGGUGCUCGAUUUGUGGGCCUGGUGAAAAGCAAAACACCAAAAGUCACAUACUUCAGUGCCCUAGGCAAAUGCCAAUUAAUGGAGACGAUGACGGACUUUGAGAUUCGCUUCUAUUCGGGGUCAAAGCUUCUAAAGUCGCCCUCCGACGGACUUAAGGUCUUCGAUGCAAAUGGAAUGUUGCUGUCUGAUCAUUCCUGCUCGGAGCCGCGAUCCUUGAUAGAGCAUGGAAACGAGUGUUUUACCCACUGUGUCAACAUUAGUAAUGCCUUGGAGGUUGCUCAGACGAAAGACAAUACGUGUUUUCCGGUAACAAUCGGACGAAGACCCAUCACAGAUGUUCAGCCAGCUCAGAGAUUGGAUGGCUUGCGGGAUACCACAAACUUUGCGUAUUCCACACCAAAAUCAAAUCAGGGUUCAAUCAACUUUUCCGUAAGCACUAUUUCGUCGACUCAAAAUACCACAGACUUCGGAACCAACUACUCGAGGUCAAACAUGCUAGCCGCCCAUCAAAAUGUCCCCAUCAAGCGUAUCAACGUUCCUGAUGUUGGAAUCGCUACUGAGCUCUCGCAUGGAGUUGUCCAAGUGCAGUUUUAUGAUGGAUCCGUAGUGUCAGUUAUUCCGCACAUACAAGGUGGAGGCAUAACUUUUACCCAGCCCAAUGGAACUUCAACCCACUUCGGCAAAGACGACGACUUGCCAUUCGCGGUCAGAGAUAGAAUCAGUCAGAUUCCCAACAUUCAGUUGAAGUUAAAGACCGCUCCAAUGCUGGUAAGCGGCAGGAAGAUUGACUACAACAAUGCAAUGACUCCCAAAACGACAACGCCUUGCUACAAUCGCAUACUUUUAUAACUAAAUCAAAAAAAGUCCGCUCAAAUAGUUUCUUAAGUUUGAACGAAUAUAUUUGUAUUGUAAAUUAAUGGUAAAUAUAUAUUUUAUAAGUUUUUCCCAGUCCUCA